CAAAACCGUCGUCGUUUAAACAGCCAAAAAAAGGCGCGAGACAUAACUGUUGUUUGCUGUGGUGCAGUGCUUUCAAAAUCUGGAAGCUCUCAUUUCCGUCUGUUUUCUCCUAUGUUUGCUAAUAAACCAGUACCUCUUCUCUCCUUCACAACCAAAGCUUCCUAUUCUCAAUUCUCCACCGCUAUAUUUCACCCAUUUUUCUCUUCUUUGCGGGCUAAUCCUUCACUCUUCCAGACCAAGCAAGCCCAUGCCCACAUCAUCAUCUCUGGCCUCGCCGGCAAUGCGUCUCUCAUGGGUCAUCUCCUCACCAUCCUCGCUCUGUCUCCAUCAACCCCAUUUGAUUAUUCUCAGUCAAUUUAUCAAACAAUCACAAACCCAAAUGUUUUCGCCUCCAAUAACAUGAUCAGGUGCUUUGCAAAGAGCGAAUCUCCUCUGAAAUCUGUUCUUUUUUACUCAUCGAUGUUGAGAAAUUGUGUAAGACCCAAUAAUUAUAGUUUCACUUUUCUUUUGCAAGCUUGUGGAAAGGGAAUAGGUUUCAAUGAAGGGGUUCAGCUUCAUGGUCAUGUGGUGAAGCUUGGAUUUGGUGAGGAUGUAUACGUGAGGAAUGCUUUGAUUCAUUUGUAUUCUUCUUGUUGUAAGGUUGAGAGUUCAAAAAAGGUGUUUGAUGAGAGUCCACAUAACCGUGAUGUUAUUACUUGGAAUGCUAUGUUGGCGGGGUUUGCAAGAGAUGGAAGAGUUGAUGUCGUGGAGAGUAUGUUUGAUGAAAUGCCCGAAAGAGAUGUCAUCUCGUGGAAUACUAUGAUUAUGGCUUAUGUGCAUAAUGGGAAGCUUGAAGAAGGUUUAGAGUGCUUCAGAAGAAUGAGAGGGAUUGGGUUAAUUCCAAAUGAAGCCACAUUGGUGACGGUACUCUCGGCUUCAGCGCAAUUGGGUUUAAUUGAACACGGUCGGUUGGUUCAAUCAAUUAUAGAUUCAUUGAAUAUUCCACUGACAGUUACUCUUGGGACAGCCCUUCUUGACAUGUAUGCAAAAUGUGGGUGCAUUGAACAGUCUAGGCUUCUAUUUGACAAAAUGCCCCAAAGAGAUAUUUCCACAUGGAAUGUCAUGAUUUGUGGUAUGGCCUCACACGGUCGUGGAAAAGAAGCUAUUGCACUCUUUGAGAGGUUCCUAAAUGAAGGAAUACGUCCCGUGAAUGUUACCUUCAUUGGUGUUUUAAACGCUUGUAGUCGAGCAGGUUUGGUCAAGGAGGGCAAGCGUUAUUUUAAGUUGAUGACUGACAAUUAUGGCAUUGAGCCUGAGAUGGAGCAUUAUGGCUGCAUGGUUGAUCUCUUGGGUCGAGCUGGUUUAGUAUCUGAGGCUAUUGAAAUGAUUGAGAACAAAGUUGUCUCGCCAAACCCAGUAUUGUGGGCAACUCUUCUUUGUGCUUGUAGGAUUCAUGGAUUAAUUGAAUUGGGUGAAAAUAUAGGGAAUAAAUUGAUAGAAUUGGAUCCAUCAUAUGAUGGACAUUAUGUACAACUAGCUAAUAUUUAUGCCAAGUCUAGGAAAUGGGAUGAGGUAAUAAGAGUUCGAAGAUUGAUGGCUGAAAGGAACACCAAUAAAAUUGCAGGUUGGAGCUUGAUUGAAACCCAGGGAAGAGUCCACCAAUUUGUCGCUGGAGACAGAAAACAUGAGCGUUCACUAGAGAUACACAAAAUGCUUGAAGUAAUAGAAACUCGUGUAGCUGAAGCUGGCUAUGUUCCUAAUCUAUCCUCAGUUUUACAUGACAUUGGGGAGGAAGAGAAAGAGAACGCAAUUAGGGUGCACAGUGAGAGGUUGGCAAUUGCUUUUGGUUUUUUAGUAAUCGGAGCUGGGGAUUGCAUUCGAAUUGUAAAGAACCUGAGGGUAUGUACAGAUUGUCACGAGGUGAGCAAGAUCAUAUCUAGAGUGUUUGAGAGGGAGAUCAUAGUGAGAGAUGGGAGCAGAUUUCAUCAUUUUAAGGAGGGGAAAUGUUCAUGCCUUGAUUAUUGGUAGAAUAGACAUAUACAAUCCAUUCAUUAGAGUUUUUGUUCGUCCUUUUGUUCUUUACUGGAAACUUUCAACACAAAGAAGAACCUUUGUAUCUUCCUGUCAGCUUGUGCAUUAUUUUUUCAUUCUUGUAUUAUAGAUUGCUUUUGUUAGUCAUUUUAAUGUAAUGCUAGACGAAUAAUGUCGUGAAUGAGAUUGUUUUGACAUUAUAGUUUGUGUUUCUUUUCAUAUUCACAGCCAUAUAAUUUAUUUCUUCCGAUUGGCAUUUUCA